AUGCCGGAACUUCCUGAAGUUUAUCGCGUUGAAAGAGCAUGUAAUAAAAAUUUAAUUGGAAAGAAAAUAAUACAAGUUGAGACGCAAGAAGAUGAUUUGGUAUUUUGUGAAAUUACCAAUAAAGAAUUUGAGAAAAGUAUUAUUAAUAAAACUGUAGUAGAUACUGGUCGUAAAGGAAAAUAUUUUUGGUUUUUAUUAGAUGAAAAACCACAUCCAAUUUUUCAUUUUGGAAUGACCGGAGAUAUUCAUUUCAAAAAUCAAGAGAAAUUUCAUUAUCGUAGAAAUGUCAAUAAAGAUUCAAACGAAUGGCCUCCACGUUUCUGGAAAUUUACAAUGGUUUUAGAGGAUCCUAAUGAUUCAACUUCUCAAGUAACCAUGGCAUUCACGAAUAAACGUAGAUUAGCAAGAAUUCGACUUGUAAAUUCACCUUUAACUGAACCUCCAAUAUCACAACUUGGAUUUGAUCCAUUACACGAUAUGCUAACAUUAACUAAUUUCAGUGAAACAAUAUUAAAAAGGCAUUGUCCAAUUAAAACGUUAUUGUUAGAUCAAUCAUUUUCAGCAGGUGUAGGAAAUUGGAUAGCGGAUGAAGUUUUAUAUCAAUCAAAAAUACAUCCUUAUCAAUAUUCUCAUACUUUAAGUAAUGAACAAAUUACCCAAUUACAUGAGAAAUUAAGUUACGUAUGUCAAACAGCUGUAGAAGUUAAUGCCGAAUCAGAUUUAUUUCCGAAAUCUUGGUUAUUUCAUUAUAGAUGGAAUAAAGGAAAUAAAGCUGAUGUCUUUAUGCCGGAUGGUAAUAAAAUCAUAUUUGAUACAGUUGGUGGUAGAACAACUGCUAUCGUUCAAAAUGUUCAAAUAUUAAAUGAUAUUGAAGGUUCAAAAACCAAUACUAAGAAGUUAAUACGCCGAAAAAGAAAGACAUCUCCCGAUAAAGUUACUGAAGUUACAAUUGACAAUGAUGAAACUGCAACCAACAAAAUUGUUGCCUCCGAAAAUUUAUCUUCUAAUCGAAAAAAAUCCAAAGGAACAAAAAAAUUUACGGCUAAUCCAGCAAAAUCGACACAUAAUAUGCAAAUACGACCACGUAAGCAAAUUUGA